AUGUCUAUCCCUCCUGAGGCCCUGCAGAAGCUCCUGCAAGAAAUCGAAACCCGCGCCCUUGCCUCCCAACAGCAGAUUGGCAUCACCAAGGCACAGCAGACCGCCAAGCAGCGCGAGAUCCGCAUGCUGCAGUUGACAUCAAAGGAGCUAUCAGAAUUGCCAUCAGACACAAAUGUGUAUGAGGGUGUGGGCAAGAUGUUCGUGAAUGUCCCCAUCAACACCAUCAAUAAGCGCCUUACCCGCGAGAGCUCCGAGGCUACUUCCGAGAUUGCCAACUUGGAGAAGAAGCUGCAAUACCAUGAGACAACGUUCAAGAAUAGUCGCGAGAACUUCGAGCAGAUCCUUAAGUCUGGCCGGGCGUGA